ACGGGACAGCAGAUUUACUGACAAUGAUAGGACAGCUACGGCAUUGGAGAUACAUUACUUCCACGACCUCGUAUAAAAAGUUAAAUAACAGUGAUUUACUCUACUUUAUCUCUUCAUUAUCAAGCUUUGUCAUUCCUUAUAUUCGAUGAGGUGGAACUGAUAGCAUGCAGCCGAGGGACAGGACAUUGUAAAUAGCAACAGUGCGCUCAGGACAGGAGGUUCAAAAGAUUGAGGACCAAAACAAUCUGAACAACAAAACCAACAGUCAUGGCUGCAGAGAAUAACUUCCCUCCAAUACCGGGGUUCAUCCCCCUGCAGCCAUGUUUCUACCAGGACUUUGAUGAGGAGAUCCCUGAACAGCAUCGCACCAUGUGCAAGAGACUCUACCACCUGUGGAUCUUGCAUGCAAUCACCCUGGCUGUGAAUCUGGUGGGCUGCUUUGUGUGGAUGCUGGGUGGAGGGGGCGUGACAAAUUUUGGCAUGGCCAUCAUAUGGUUGAUUCUCUUCACCCCCUGCUCCUAUGUGUGUUGGUUCAGGCCCAUCUACAAGGCCUUCAAGACUGACAGCUCGUUCAACUUCAUGGCGUUCUUCUUUGUGUUCAUGGCCCAGGUGGGCAUCAGUAUUAUCCAGUGCAUAGGGAUCCCAGGCUGGGGAAACUGCGGCUGGCUGGCCACCAUCUCUUUCUUCAGCUACAACCUUUGGAUCGCCUUGCUGAUGCUCAUCCCCACCCUCUUUUUCACUGCCACGGCAACGCUGUCCUUCAUCGCCCUCACCAAGGUCCAUAACUUCUACCGUGGCAGCGGGGGCAGCAUAGGCAAGGCCCAGGAGGAGUGGACCACAGGGGCCUGGAAGAACCCCCACAUCCAGCAGGCAGCUCAGCAGGCAGCUAUGGGAGCCGCCACGGGGGCCAUGAUGCCGGACCAGCAGUACUCCAGCAACACCCCACAGUACAAUGACAACCAGAUGUAGGGGAUAAAGUGGAGGGAGGGAAGCAUGUCAAAGCAUGAGCAGGAGUUUGGUGUCUGUUUAUCCCACCCCCCAAAAAUGUGUCUUUAUCACAGCCGCUCUUUCUAUAGGCCAUGGGUCUUCAACCUUUUUUUGCCCAGGGACCCCCUCCCAAGCAAACCGGCAACCCGGCAAUCAUACUUUAGCAAAAAGUGCAUCAAGUGAAUGAUAAUGGCAAGGAGAAGUAAUCAACAUUUUAAAAAAUGUAUAGAUUUGGUAGAUUGUUUUUCAUUAUUUUAAUUGGGAAAGAAAGUGUAAACUCUAACAUAGCCUAUUAGCUAGAAAGGUAACUCCCACAUUUUUUUUUUAGCUAGAAGCAGCUGUUUAGCUGGUUAAACAAAGGUUAGCCAUAUGUUUGCAAAAAUGUAUGUCCAUGUCAAGAAAGCUUACCAGCAGCCAGCGGCACUUGACGCACUGGUAGCCUACAGUAUGUCAGAUACUUCAGUGUCAGCUGGUAAUUGGCUCCAGUGAGUGUAAUUUGCUCAAUAUUAGGAGUUAAGAAACAAUGUUGACAUCAUUAGAAAGAAGACAUUCUCCUCUUUCUACUGUAAUAAUUGAUUCUGUUGUUGCUAGCGAUAUACCCCUGCUAUAGUACACUACACUACCACACUAUACCAGCUGACUCUGAACACCCAUAACGUAAAGACAUUUCAUGUUCUCAGCAUCUACACUGAAUUACAGUAUUUGGUUUCUACUGUGCAAUGUCAUAUUUCUGCUUCUGCUGCUUUGUUUUGAUGUGUCACAUCAAAGAUGUAUCCCUAUCUUAUAUCACUGUGUUAGCAGGGCCCUGUGGCCACGUGCACACAGCACCAACUCUGCUUGUCAGAGCUCAUUCUGAUCACCCACUAUCCUUUCCUCAAUGCUCUUUGGGGGGGUGGUGGUUUUUGGUAGCCUCCUCCUGCUCAUGACUUGUAAAGUCAUGCUCAUGAUAUAGUAUUUCAAUUAUAUAUUUGUUUUAUACACUAAGUUACUGGACUCUAGGUUUUGUCGUGAAUAAAUGUAUUCUUACAUGGAAGAGAGCAAUGUAAGACUGUGUUUGAGUGCAGUACCUUUUUUUUUAUCUACAGAAAUUUCAAAGCGUAUAAAAUAUUUUUAUCACAGAAAGUAGCACAGAGAUAACUUUAAUAUUUUACCAGGCGUGUUUAUGUACAGUAGGAGAUAGCUUAUUUGGGGUAUAAAUACGUAUUUUAAGAAUGUAUUCUUCAUUAAGUGAAUGUCAGCUGAUUGAACAAAAAUGGCUCUCCUCUAAGCCACCAGGGUGCUUUGUGAUUCUCAGGUAAAGCAAAGCUAUAAACACUGGACACAAACUGUGAACCUUUUCCCCUUAUGUCCAUGUGUAUGUUUUUGAUAGCUUAUAGCUGAAAGAUUGAAAGACAGCUGAAAGAUUACAGGCCAGUCGCAUUUUCAUUAUCCACAGUCAUGGAAAUGGGACUUUCUUCUUAUAGUCUGAGAAGUAAUGAAUGCAUACCAAAACAAAAAAGCCUGUUCCUGGAGAGCGCUACCGUCCUGUAGGUUUUCGCUCCGGUCCUUAUCUAGCGCACCUGCUUCUAAUAAUUAGCUGGUUGAUCAUCUGAAUCAGGUGUUUUUACAACGGCUGUUGGAAGGAAAACCUACGGGAGGGUAUCUCCAGGAACAGGGUUGGAGAGCCCUGCUUUAGAUAGACGUGACAUCUAAUGUAAAUGAAUCAAUUUGAGCUAUAAAUUAAUUGCUAGGAUUUCACUUUUGUUUCUCGUUAUGUAAUUGUUUUGCAUUGAAUGUCUACAUGUCUUAGAGGGUGCUCUUUUUAAGACGUGUUCUUAAAUGUCUUGUCUGUGGUAGACAAUGUUAGACAGCAAUGUUGUACUACCACAGAGAGGCGCCAAUGUUUCCUUUUAUUUGUAUGAGAGAAAAUCCCUGAUAUACAAGCUGCCUGCGCUCAGUCGUCUGUCUAUUCAUACAGUAGACUUUAGGUCUAUAGCUUAGUCAGUAUUCAGUCAACAGCUCAAUGGUUCCUGCUGUUCCCAGGUAGUAGCUACAUGUGACCAGGAAGGAAGGGAGAGAUAGAGCCUUGCAUCUAAGUGGGCUCCAGUCAGCCUCAGCCUGGCUCAUACUGACCUCCUGCCACCUCUCUCUCACAGCCCUCCUGCCACCUCUCUCACAGGGACAGAUGGCUGAGCAAUCGGUCCCUGUGAACACAUUACAGUGUG